AUGGAGACUUCAUCACUACGCCGCAAGGCCUGCGACCUGUGCUUCGUCAAGAAGAUCAAGUGUGACAUGCUCAAGCCGGCGUGUUCGAAUUGCGUCUUGUACAAGGCGGAUUGCAAAUCAACCAUGGUCCGUCGCAAGUCCGCACCGGCAAAGGAGCGCCAACAGCAACGUAAACAGGACGCCGCUGGAGACCCAAAGAGGAUUACAGAGCUGGAGGGCCGCUUGGCCAUGAUAGAAGAGCAGCUGAAACUGGCCAUCGAUGCCAACAUCCGCCUCGCAAGUCAAGCCCCGAGGGACUCGCCAGUCAUGGUGGGGUCGGUCGAGACAUCGACGGGCAGCGAGGACUCGACGGGUGGCAGGGACUCGAUGGACGACGCCGACCACGGCAACUCCUUCUCGUGCAGCACGAGCCCGGGCGAAUGGGUGGCUGACCCGGAGAAGCCAAAGCUGCCGCCACUCGAGUACAUGAUACCCGUCAUCGACGAAUUCUUCAACCGGUACAACCUUAUCAUGGCGCUCUUUGACCAAAAGACGUUUAUGCGGAUGCUCUCCGACUGGUACUCGCCGUCUUCACCACAGUCUCCCGCAGUGUGGGCGGCCAUCAACAUUGUCAUGGCGCUGGGGUAUCGAUGCAUGUUGAAAGAUCCGGGGAACGUUGAAUCUCUGAGGGACGAUCAAAAGGUGUUGUACCACAUGCGAAACGUGCAGUCGGUCGUUUCGGACCUGGUGACCCGGGAGGAGGACCUGCUGGGGGUCCAGGUGCUUCUCGGCAUGGUCGUCCUCUUCCAGGGCACCAAGGACCCUAAGCCGGCAUCGGUGCUCAUCGGGACCGCCAUUCGAUUGGCACACCGUAUGCAGCUCCACGACAAGGAAUCAAUGAGAUUCUUCCCGCCAGAAGUAGCCCGGCAGAGAUCGCGGGUCUUUUGGAUGGCGUACAUUAUGGAUAAAGACAUCAGCCUCAAGACCAAGACGCCGUCGUUCCAGCUCGACGCGGACAUUGAUCUGGCGCUUCCGGAGCCGUUCCCGGAUGACGGGGCGGGCAUGAUGGCGGCGAAAAACGGAAGCAAGUUCAACGUGUUCCGGGCACGGGUGGAGCUCAGCCACAUCGCGGGCAAGGUAUACGACCUGCUGUACAGCACGAGGGCGCGCAAGGUGGCGAAACAGGAGUUGCAGUCGCGGCGGACCAGGCUGGAGUCGAUGCUCGAGAACUGGCAUAGCAACAUUCCGGCCGAGUUCCGGAUGGAGUCGCUGAUGGACAAUGUUGAAGCACUGGCGGCAGUGCACAUGACGCUCCUCUACCACAACUACUUUGUAGUGACCAUCAUGACGCACAGCAUCUACUCGCACAACGCAGAGUGGGUGCAGAGGGUAAGCUCGCAUAGCCGCACGGUGAUGCGGGACCUCGACGGGGGGGCGACGACGGCGACGGAAGGCGGCGAGGGGAGCGCAGGGCUGCCGGUCAGGUGGGCCGAGUGCGUGGAGCUGAGCCGGAGAUGCAUGAAGCUGUUCGUGGAGUCGCCCAAGACGGACUGCAGCAUCUGGACCAACUCGUGCGCGCACUUUUCGGGACUCAUCAUCCUGCUGGUCAACAUGUUUGUGCACCCAGAGCACGAGGAGCUGAUGACGGACCAGGGGCUGGCCAACCAAGCAUUGCAGCUGUUUGACAUGAUAAUGGAGCUGAUCAACGAGGAGUCGUUCCGCAAGCUACACACGGUGGUCAGGGAGCUUCACCGGCGGGCGAUGGCGACGGUGGAAAAGGUGGCGCGCAAGAGAGAGGAGCAAGCGGCGAGGGCGGCGGUAGCAGAGGCCAUGAGCAACAGCCUGCCUUUCGGCACGCAGUUCGAGGAAGACGUGACGUUUUUGGGGGGCGGCGACAUGGCUGGGUUCGAAGGCAUGUUCGUAGGAGAUGGCAUUGGGGGGGUCUCGCCGGUGACGGUAGCAUCGGAUACGGCGGACGCGACCGAAGGGAUACAGAACGAGGUUGAUCUGGCGGCAGUGUCUAUCUGGUACAGCCAUCAUUGA